GAUUUUUUGCUCCGCGCUCUUAUCGUGACAGGCGAACACAGUGCACACUGCCUGAUUACACACAGGUUGCUACCUUUUCUUGGUUCCUUGGUUCUGACAUUUAGCAUUCCCCCAAAGGCACAGCUGCAAACCGAGCGCUCUUACCCACCUGUUGGGUGGGGCCUGAAUGCUGAUACAGUGACGCUGUCAGAGCUCCGCGACAUGCCCGCCGGCCCCUUCGGAGGUCCACGCACGGUGAACCAGCCGCGCGCGCCGGCGCAUCCUCAGGCCGUGCGCUCCAGUGCUACAAGCACCUCGACUAGUUCACGCUCUGGCCCUCAGGCGGCCGCGCCUGGUGCUCUGCCGCAAGCUUCCUCGCGGACGGGACUGGUGACGGGGCCGGCUUGGCCUGAAGCCGACCCCGCUGUCACGGAGGCGUCAGUUUUCGAGGCAGACGCUGGCGCGCUGGCGUCUGAGCCGCUGAGCAUGCUAACGGAGACGGCGGCUGGCCUCACUUUGGUGCCGUUCAUUGCAGCACAGAUGCGGACCGCAGAUGACAGCGCUGUUGGGCCAAGCGGGAGCCUCGUGCACGUUGCAGACGUUGAGGUUGUGGACGAUGAGGACUUCGCGCACUCCAGCACGUGCGUCUUUGACGCAGACGCUGCGGCGGCCGCUGCGGCGGUGGCCGCGGCCGCAGCGCACCCGGUCUCCUACCUGCAGCAAGACGACUCGUCGGCAUGCUCGGGGGACUCCUCCAUGAUUUUCUCGUCGGGACCCUGCGGUUCAGCCUCCGUUUCCGCCGCCACGCAUGGCGGCGACCCCAGCAAGGCCUGCAGCGCCCGCGGACCAUCGGACGCUGGGACGGCAUUCCAGCAGCUCUCGGCGCGGACGGCGCACAUGCCCACGCCUGGGCACCCCAGCCACCGCCACGCGCACGCGCAGGCGGGCCGGACUGUGGCCAUAGUCCCCGCGUCUGCGCUGCAGCCGGCCGCCACCGCGCCGGUGGCGGAGGCUGAGAGCAGUAGCCCUUUCAACGCCGUGCUACGCGCCAGCCGAGGUACCUCCUGUGUGCUGCCGGCAGCGCCGCACCCGCUCUCGUCGCUGUCGCCCCAGGCAUCGCACGCAUCGUGUACGCACUCGCUGACAUCGUCGCGGCGCUCGCUGCGCGACCAGAACUCAGUCACUAUCAAGGCGACCACGGUGGUGAAGGACGCGGCGGGCGCGAUCGACAAGAUCCUGUCUCGCGGCGUGACGGCGCUUGUGACGGCGCUGCGCUCGGGGCCGCCGCCGUACGGCUGCGCCUACGACAGCCUGAAUCAGGCGGUGAAGGCGAUUGCGGUGGCGAGGCAGUACGCCAAGGAGACUGGGCCUGAAGGCGCCGAGGUCACCUUCCUGCCCUUCCACCGCAACGACUCCACGGAGCGGCCGGACCCGCUGCGGCUGGCGUUCCUGGUGUUUCCGGUGGCGCAGCUGCAGGAGCCGCUCAAGACGGCGGACGAGACGGUGCUGAACGUGGCGCGCGGCAGCGACGUGCACAAGAUGGCGUCAGCCAUCAUUGCGGUCAUGCUGGACCGUGGCCAGGCCGUAAUGAAGGCGGCGGGUGCAGACGCGAUUUUCGUGGCCAUGUCAGCCGUGGUGAACGCACGGCACCGGCUUGUGGCCAAGCACGGCUUCGACCUAAUGAUGGCGGCGGCGUGGAUCACCGAGGACACGCAGGCGACCAUGGGCCGCGAGUCCAAGUUCCUGCGCUUCAACAUCCUCAAGACCGAGCCGGCCGGGCCCAAGAGCCUGGUGGCGCCUACGCUGCCGGCCGGUCUGGACCUGAUGUGCCCCGUCAUGUGCUAAGCGCACGUAACAUAGGCGGACUGGCGGACUGGCCGUCCUGGCAGACCGUCAUGCGCAAGGGCGGAGGGACGGACCAAGACCAGGUCCGUACCUGCACGCACCAUGGGUGGCCCGGUUGGAAUCCAGUAUGGGCCCGUCAGAGAAUAACAUUUGCGAAUAAUCACAGGCUGCACGGAGCAUGUGUGUGCAGAUAGAGCGACAUUCCGGUGGACGCAAAUGUAGUCCGGACCCGAUGGGCAUUGCACCAAGUUCGAACCCAUCACGUCGGGUAACAGUGGUGGAGUAAGCAGGGUGCCACGAGCUUGCGUUUGAACGGAUGGAAUUUGCUGGCUUGCAGACGACACAACACUACCGUAUUGCUAAGGUUGCCGGAUUGAACGCACAGAAUUGUCAUUAAUAAUGCAUGCAGCGCAGCGCCGGCUGACCGCUGUGUCUGGGAUGUUUGCGCGGUCGCUGCUCGGCAGGGGCACAGCUUGGCUGUGGCUGGAUGUGCCUAUGUGCGUUUUAGAAGGUACCGGCCAGGGGAUGCUUGCAGCGACGAGUGGCCAUGACCGGUGCAGGGCCGCCGCAUGAAUGGCGUCGAGUGUCCCCCACUGGGGUGUGAAUGAGGCGGGCUCAUGGGAUCGCGCUGCGCGUAUUAAUGAUAUGCUUGCCUAUGAUUUAAUCGUCGGCGGGGAUUGAUAGAGGUGCAAUGGUGGCUUGAGAAGCCUUAGGGUUCGGUCUGGGGUCCCGGCCAUCGUGUUCGGCUGCAAGAGCAGGUGGCGGAGACGGGUGUGGACGAACGAAUGCGUGACUAAUACGACGUAGUUGCCACUGGUGAGUUGGUGCGCGUAACCUCGAUGGCUGUACACUGCAGGUAUGGAAAUGAUGCAAAUAAAGGAUUUUAGGACAGCAUAGUUGCCAUGAACAGGUCCGCGCGACAAAUCGGUUGUUGCCAUGCAUUGCUUGUCGGAUUUGGCGGCGGCAGGGCAGGACAUGCUUGCUCCAUAUAUGAUUUCUUUUGCGCUGUGUCACCACUCACGGUGACUGUGCGUUUUCAGCCAGUGGGCCAGUGACGGCCAUUGAGCGGGGCAGGAAAUCGGGGCGUACAUGCACGGUGCGGUUGUGCGGCUGGUGCCGGGUGUUUAAUUGUUGCCGUCGCACACGGCCUGAAUAGGAUGCACGGCAGAGCUGUCAAGUUGGGCUGUGUGUGCUUGCACAUGAAUAAAGAAGUGCUUGGAAGGUCGCAGCCGGCCUGGGGUGUUGCUUGUUGAAUAGCUGCGAGGAACGUGCCUGUGGACCGGCAACUGGAUGAGUCAAGUCCUGCUCCCCAUCCUCAUGGGACUGGUCACUGGUAAAGGCCCCACACGUAGAAUGCGUGGAAGGCAUGACCAUAUUCGUUGCAAGGCCGCGUUGAAAUCAGUUGGGCCUCGCAAUGUCGGACUUAUCGGAUGGGGUGGCGUUAAGGCGGGCGAGUGCGGAAGCGCGAGAAGGAUGUGGCUCAACCCGUUGCCUGUAGGGGACUGGUGAGUCCAAGUGCUCAGAGGCGCAGGCGUUCACCUGCGUGUGAGGCCAUGAGCAAGCCCCGGCAGUGUGCUGUGCCAUUGGAUUUUGAUAUGUGGCGGAGCGCGUGAAGGCGUGUAAAAAAGAGGAUGG